AUGGAGUCUUCUUCAAGCAAGAGAGAGCGUGAGGCACAAAACCAAGCCGAGAUCCGAAGACAGAUUGCUGCUUUGCAGGCACAACUGAACAAUCCCAGCGAAGCUGCGUUUGAACCACCUUCAUCACCUAAGAGGAGCAGGCCGACGCCCGGAGUGAUAGUUCCUUCCACUCCUUCUCCAAAGAAACGCAAGCUAUCACGCGAUCCCCCUCGAGCGAAGGAUAGUCGGCGCCCUAAACCCAAUACCGCUGUCCACUCUUCAUCGCCACAGCUUUUAUCGUCUGUGCAGCCGUGCAAGCCUGCUCCGUCCACCGUGCUUCAGAAACUAGCGAGUGCACAUGCCAAACUGAAGACGCAACCGGUCGAUGUUACAGCGACGCGCUCCUCUGGCUUCGCAGAGAAGCCUGCCCCGAAUGUACCUGUGGAAGGCGCGAGCAUAGAAGCACUACCUCGCGACGAUCGACUGGCACUCGUGGAGGAUUUGGUUCCCGGCCCUUAUGAACACAAGCCUCCGUUCGAUGAUCCACGCUUUGAGAAGUUGGAGCCGAACUCCGGCAUUCGAUUGUCAUCCCGUUCUACCCCUCACGAGGACUUCCAGGAAUACCUGCGUGGCCGAUACUAUCUCUCGCCUUCGAAACUCUAUUCUGUGGUCCGUCUUUUGCCUAACAAACAAGGCUAUGAUGUACCAGUAGCUGGUGACUGGCUAACAAUCGCUGUUGUCGCUGAGCGCAGCAAGGUCAAGCAAAGCCAGGCUCCUGUUGGACUGGGGCGAGAGGAUAAAACUUUUGAUGGCGACGAGGAAGGGACAGCAAAGGGAAAGCGGCCACGAAAGGAGGAUCCGCCGAAGCCAAGCGGCAAGAAGUACGUCAACAUGAAGCUGGUGGACUUUGGUUGUCGUUCGGGCUCGUCGUCUGCCACAGGGGGCAAAGCCGUCAUACGAGGCGACGCGUCGCUUUCGCUCCUGCUGUUCGAGGCCGAUCGCUAUGAUUUGGUCACGAAGGAGAACGGCAGGAAGGAGAAGAUAUAUAAGGGAGGAAGUAGAGGGGCAUUCGAGAAGAUGUCUGUUCUCAGAGAGGGUGCUGUCGUGGCGUUCUUGAAUCCGCGGAUACUCAAGCCCUUUCAGCGCUCUGCAGAUGCGCCACAUCCAACGGACAACAUCCUCGCCAUCACGCCAGAUUCUGUCAACUCCAUAGCCGUCAUCGGCUACUCCCAAGACCUUGGUAUGUGCAAGGCAGUCAAGAGGGACGGUUCGGCGUGUGGCAGCUGGUGUGACCGGCGCGUCUCCGACGUGUGCGACUACCACAUCCAGCAUGCCGUUGAGAGAAAGCGUGCCGGACGUGCCGAGUUCUCUACAGGUACCUCCGGCAUGUCGGCUGUGGCCAAAAAGAGGAAGCCCGCCUUUGAUGCAGCACGACAGUGGGGUCUCAAGCCUGCCGACGAUAGCGGGGGACAUGCGACAUAUGUCGUCUCGGGGCACAUUGUCUCAGGCAGCAACGACUCGAAGUCUCUGUUCGUAUCUGAAGCGAUGGGGCGUGAAGCGCAGGCGAAAGCUUCACGGAAGAUCUCGGCAAAGGAUGCCGACCUUGCAUUGCAGAAGCUGCUCAAGAGUGACAAGGAGGGGACGAGGGCGCUCAUGACUGCGCGGGCAAAAAAGGGGAAGCGGAAGCUCCAAGAUCUGUCGGACGGGUCGGAUGGAGAGCGCGAUGCGGAUGAGGUUAACGACGAUGAUGAGAAGAGGCCACGCAAGAACGUGUAUUCUGCUCAGCUGAUCCGGCAGCUUGGGUUCGAUCCGACAGUGAAGGAUGGGAAGAGGUCGGCCGAUGUUAAGGUGCAAGGCAAGUUGGAUGCUCUGGCAGCGUUGCAAGCUUCGAGAAAAAACAUUCAAUUGGGGCCAAGACCGGGCAAGAAGAAAUCAUGCGUUCAUCGUCCGGAGAAUUCGUCCUCUAAGACUUCCCCCACAUCUUCAAGUACCUCGCAAUCGCAUCGCGAUAUACCCAUUGAGUAUUAUGGCUUGAGUGACGAUGACGAUCUAGAGAGGGAAGAGGCAGCAGUGUUCGGUAGGGCUGUUCACUUGACGGUGGUACAGACCGCUACGGUCGAUUUGGAUGGCAGCGAUGUAGAUCUUGAGAUUGAGCCGCCCACAUAG